ACACUUAUGGUGCAUCAUAAUUGGAAAUAAUUGAAUAUUUUUGUAAAUGUAUAUAGUUAUGUAACAUAAAUAACCAAAACAUUGCCCAAAAAUAAGUAAAUAUGACGGUUUACCCUUGUGAAGUUCAACGAUGGUUAAGCGGGGAAACAUGUGGGAAACAAGAUUGCGACCUUGUCCUUACUUGCUUGUAACAGCACGCUGGUCCGAGGGAUUACGGGUCAAAUAAGUUUUAAUCGGAACUCACACAAUAGCCCGAGGUUAUUUUAUGGCGUUAUUGAAACGCAUUACGUUCACACUAUUGCGAGACAGUUACCCAGCUUGCCACACCAAAGGCGCAAAUAUUUCAAAGGCAAAAUGGACGUCACUGCGACAAAGGUUGGCAUCAUUUUUGGUCUUCUUGCGACCACUUUAACCGCGGCACUUUUGCCGUACUUUUGUUUUCGAUAUUCCGCGAGAAAGGCAAGGUCGGGCCGAACGAAAAGUAAGGGAAUUUGCGGGUCCGCAUUAUGCUGUAGCAAAGCUACCGAAAAUUUGGAAAGCGCUUCGAGCAAUGGUGUCGUUCGAUCCAACAGCAACCACCAAAUCAGACAGAGAAACAAAUUGUUAAUGAGUGUCUUGAAUUGUUUUUCUGGAGGGAUCUUUCUUGCAACCAGCUUUCUCGGCCUCUUGCCCGAAAUCCGUGAGAGUUUUGAGACCUUCUCUGUUACGUGGCCAACAAGAUCAACAAGUCCAGCAAACAACGGAACAAGUUUAAGUGCAGAAGAAGCAACGCAAAUGCCAAUCGCGGAAAUCGUUAUUACGUGCGGUCUCUUUCUUAUUCUUAUCAUCGAGCAAAGUGCGCACGCGUGGCAUCACACCCGCGUAAAGAAGAAACAGAACCGCGGUUCGUUUGGAAGUGAAACGGUGAAGUUUAAAGUCUCCGCCGAUCAAGCUACAAUGGACGUCGCGGAGGAAGAGCAAGAGCAUGAACAUAAACAUGGGGAAGAGCAUGAUCAUUCCGGGAUUCGAUCCUUGCUUCUUGUUGCUACACUCUCAAUACACUCUUUUCUAGAGGGCAUCGCAAUGGGCCUGCAGGACACAGUCGGCAGUUUACUCGCCAUUUUUUUUGCGGUUCUUUUCCACAAGUCUCUGAUGGCACUGAGCAUGGGCACGAAUCUCGUUCAAGGCGGUCAACCAUUCAAGCGUAUACUCGCCGCCGGCUUGGUGUUUGCUUUCAUGUCUCCGGGAGGCAUUUCGGUCGGGUUGAUAAUCAAGGUGGCAGGGGGUAACGGCAGUGGGACGCUCUUGGUCAACGCAAUAUUGCAAGCAAUUGCCACUGGGACUUUUCUGUACAUCACGUUCUUUGAGGUACUCGUACGAGAGUUUGAGGGACACGGAAACCGCUUUUGGAAAGUGGUUGCACUGUUGUUGGGCUACGGGGCGAUCUUGGGUGCAUUUUUUGCACAGCACGCUUGAUUGGGGUAACUUUCCCUGCGGAAGCGAAAAUCAACAACCACGACUCGAUUUAUUCUGUGGUAGAUUCCGACAGUUCUAAGCAAAAAAUCUUAACUGAAUGAUACCCGAUCCACGCCCCAUUUUUAUACAUGUAUGUUGGUACCCCCACGCGGUAGCUUAAUAUUAUUUGGCUGAAACACAACGCUCACAAAGUCGAUUUUAUUUCGGGUGUAUGUACUUUUUUAGAACAAGGUUUUUCUGUAUUUUCCUUUUUUGCAUUUAAAAUUAUUUCGUGCUUAUACGAAUCAUUUGUGCAUGCACGAAAAAGUCCUUACGCAGUGAACAGUGGUUUUCCAAAUAUUUAUGCACCAAUUUUUGCGCCCGCUACGACUUUCGUUCCGUCUGCACAUCAAUAUGCUAAAGGUAAAAAGUGCACACGGCACGGAAUGUAGCGACAGAGCCCUCAUUGACACGGUUCAUUAUGACGCAAUAAGCGCCAAUUUUCUCCAAGUUUUGUUGUCAGCAAACACUGCUAAAUAUACGCAAUAAUUUACCAUAGUUGAAAUGAAAUUCAACUGAUUUGAUUCAUUGGUUUUUGGUUUCGUUCAUCAGAUGCUUAAUUUCCCGCUUUGUCCAAUUUUUUACUUCGUUUCAACUCUCGUUAAUUAUUCAUUAAUACAAAAUCUGAAAGAGAAUUACUGAUAAUGAAACCCAAGGUUAUGUUAACACGAACAAACAAGCCAAAAAAACCUUAAGCCACAACCUUCCGCUGCCGUUCUGCUAGCUCAGUAAAAACCAUAUUUUUUUAGACUGAUUGACGCAUUUUGCAAAGAGUAGCAUGUUUGUUUUACAUGCAAAAUCAAAUAAAUGUUUUAAAAUCAAUGUCAA